AUGAGAAACAUUGUCUUUAUCAACAUAUUUGCAGGUAAAGAAACUGGGUACUUCAUCCAUGUGAGCACAGCAUCAGGUCAAGAAGGAGAUUCAGCACGACUGGAAACGGAGGUAGUGAAGCCGACCAGAGCAUGUAAUGUCCAGUGUCUGCAGUUCUACUAUUUCCACAGUGGAAAUGAAUCAGAUGAACUUAAUAUCUGGAUCAGAGAGUUUGAAAACGAUCAGGACACCACAGGAACUCUCCGCCUUAUGGGACAAAUUACUGGUUCACCAACAUCUCACUGGAAGAUCCACCAUGUUUCCUUGAAUGCCACCAAGGACUUCCAGGUGGUGUUUGAGGUCCGGAAAGGAGCAGGAAUCUCCACAGGAGGUUUCUCCAUUGAUGACAUCAAUCUCUCAGAGACAGAGUGUCCACACUUUGUCUGGCAGAUUGAUGACUUGGAGAAUCUUUUAAACACAAGCAGCUCUGGAACCAGAAGGAACAGCCCACGACAAUUCUCCAAAGACGGCUAUGCUUACCGAGUAGCCACUAUUCUUUAUAAAGCAUAUAUUGGAAUGUAUGUGCAGCUCUUGUCUAGUCAGAAUGAUGACCAGCUGCAAUAUCCUUGUCUGCAAAGACAUAUGAUUUUCCAGUUGCUGGAUCAAACCCCAAACAAGCAACUGCAAAUGUCCAAGCAUUCUACUUUUGUUUCUAACGAUAAUCAAGUAGUACUUGGUAAGUUUAUCAUAAAAUGA